AUGCCCCGCGCACUACUGCUUCCAAUUAUUCCUGCUGUCAGCCAACCCUCAAGCAAAAGGUUACAGGUCAAAAUGCCCCAGCAAGUCCGUGACAUCAAGAAGUUCCUCGAGAUCGCCCGCAGAAAGGACGCGACCCUCGCCAGGAUCAAGAAGACUGCCAUCAAGCCUUCUGCCACCGUCGCCCAGUCCAAGGCCAAGGCCGCCAAGACCCCCACCCACGUCACCAAGUUCAAGAUCCGAUGCUCCAAGUACCUCUACACCCUUGUUCUUGACGAUGCUGAGAAGGCCGAGAAGCUCAGGCAGUCUUUGCCUCCUGGACUCAAGGUUGAGGACCUUAGCGUCAAGGCUGCCAAGAAGUAAUUUGGAUAGUUUUGGACGUUGGGGAUUAUGCAUCCUGUAUACCACUUGAU